UUAAAUGUUUCUCUCAUGCUUACAGAUCAUAAUGAGGCAGUUGCUUAUUCUCACCCUGUUUGUGGCCGUUGCCUCUGCUCAGUUCGGCGGCUUUGGUGGACACUUUGGUGCUAAUCUGGGAAAUGCUGCCAACAAACUGCAUCAAAAGGUCUCACAACUUGUUAGCACAUUGCCUUCACCACCUGCACUUACAGAUGUAAAAAAUUUUGGUGAUUUUUUGGCGCAAUCUGGCAAAACCUAUGCCUCGGCAGCUGAUCGCCAGUUGAGAGAGCGCAUCUUUGGUGCACGAAAGAACUUGGUUGAUGCCACCAAUGCGGCCUUCAAGGGAGGAGCUAAGACCUAUGAGCUGGCUGUGAAUGCAUUUGCUGAUCUAACGAAUGCUGAGUUCCUCAAGCAGUUGACUGGCUUAAGGAAGUCAUCGUCCGGCGAGCAAAAAGCCAAGGCGCAUCGUCUGGCACCCAACCUGGCAGCCAAUGAAAAGCUGCCUGACUCCUUUGAUUGGCGUGAGAAGGGCGGUGUUACGCCCGUYAAAUUUCAGGGCGACUGUGGYUCMUGCUGGUCGUUUGCCGCCACAGGCGCUAUCGAGGGUCAUGUGUUCCGGAAAACGGGUAAACUGCCAAAUCUGUCGGAGCAAAACCUAGUCGAUUGUGGACCAAGGGAUCUGGGUCUAGAUGGCUGCGACGGCGGCUACCAGGAGUAUGCCUUCAACUUUGUAAAAGAACAGGAUGGCAUUGCCGUUGGCAGCAAAUAUCCCUACGUGGAUAAGAAGGACACGUGCAAGUACACAAGCAGCUUGUCGGGUGCACAAAUCACCGGAUUUGCAGUCAUCCCACCCAAGGACGAACAWGCCAUGAAAACGGUGAUUGCAACUCAGGGCCCAUUGGCUUGUUCGGUGUAUGGCCUGGAGAGUUUGCUGCUGUACAAGAGAGGCAUUUACGCGGAUGAGGAAUGCAACAAUGGCGAGGUGAAUCACUCCGUACUGGUCGUUGGCUACGGCUCUGAAAAUGGACAGGACUUUUGGAUUGUCAAGAACUCGUGGGACAAGAUCUGGGGAGAAGACGGCUACUUCCGCUUGCCACGUGGCAAGAACUUCUGCGGAAUUGCCACCGAGUGCAGCUAUCCCAUUGUUUAAUGACGAAAUAUCUAUUUAGCGAAAUAUAUGUCAAUGUAUAGGAA